GAGCUGAAAAGGAUUCUUGAUGCUAAGGUACCUUGUGACAAAAUGGUCAGAUCUUAAUCCUCAGCUGUAAUGAAAUGACAGAUUGGAGGCUGUGAGGACACAAUGGGAAGGGGGACAAGAUCAGAGAUUGUCAAAUAGAGCUAACGCACCCAACUAUGUCCCUUGGGAUCUCUAGAUGUGCUCCAUAUAACUUUCUAAUCAACCUGUUGAGAGAUGUUAUUACACACUCUGGAGCAGAUGGGACCUAAACCCAGGCCUCCUAGUUCAGAGGGACAUGGGGUUUUGGAAAUGCCGUCAGGCACAGGGAAGACUGUGUCACUGCUUUCACUGCUUGUGGCCUAUCAGAUGACAUAUCCAACAGAAGUGACUAAACUCAUCUACUGCUCUCGAACAGUUCCUGAGAUCGAGAAGGUCAUUGAGGAGCUGCGGAAGCUGAUCGAUUAUUACGAGAAACUGUCUGGCAACAAUAUUGAAUUCUUGGCUCUGGCUCUGAGCUCCAGGAAGAAUCUCUGCAUCCACCCAGAGGUUAGUUCUCAGAGGUUUGGAAAGGAAGUUGAUGGAAAGUGUCGUAGCCUGACUGCAUCACACAUCAGAAUGCAGCACUCCAGCAAUCCCACUGUGCCCAUCUGCCAGUUCUAUGAGGAGUUUGAUCUCCAUGGGAAACAAGUGCCACUAACUUCUGGAAUUUAUAACCUAGAUGACUUGAAAGCUUAUGGGAAGCAGAAAGGAUGGUGUCCCUAUUUCCUGGCCAGAUAUUCUAUUCUACACGCAAACAUCAUUGUGUAUAGUUACCACUACCUGCUGGACCCCAAGAUUGCAGACCUGGUCUCCAAGGAGCUGUCUCGGAAAUCAGUGGUGGUAUUUGAUGAGGCUCACAAUAUCGACAAUGUAUGCAUUGACUCAAUGAGUGUGAACAUUACUCGGCGCAUGUUAGACCAAUGUCAGAACAACAUUGAAACAAUACAAAAGACCAUCCAACAUAUAAAGGAAACAGAUGCUGCCAAACUGAAAGAAGAAUACAGACAAUUAGUGGAGGGGCUGAAAGAAGCUCAUAUUGCCAGAGAAACAGAUGUCUAUUUAGCCAAUCCUGUAUUGCCAGAUGAAAUUCUACAAGAGUCUGUUCCUGGUAAUAUUCGCACGGCUGAGCAUUUUGUUGGGUUUAUGAAGCGCUUUGUGGAGUAUCUGAAGUCCCGCUUACGAGUACACCAUGUGGUAGCUGAGAACCCACCCUCUUUCUUGAAAGAUGUUUUUGAUAAAGUCUGCAUUGAACGCAAACCUCUCAGAUUCUGUUCAGAGAGGUUGCGGUCUUUGCUGCAAACGCUGGAAAUUGCCGAUCUCAGCAACUUUUCACCGAUUAUACUUGUCUCAAACUUUGCGACAUUGGUCAGCACUUAUGCCAAAGGUUUUACCAUCAUCAUGGAACCUUUUGAUGACAAAACGCCAACAAUUAUUAAUCCAAUACUUCACUUCAGCUGCAUGGACCCAUCCAUUGCCAUCAAGCCUGUGUUUGAGCGAUUUCAGUCUGUGAUUAUCACCUCAGGGACAUUGUCUCCACUUGACAUGUACCCAAAGAUCCUCGAUUUCAGACCUGUUAUCAUGGCAACUUUUACCAUGACCUUGUCAAGAACCUGCCUUUGUCCACUGAUUGUGGGACGAGGCAAUGACCAGGUGACGAUCAGCUCCAAGUUUGAAACGAGAGAGGAUAUCGCUGUGAUUCGUAACUAUGGUAACCUGUUGCUGGAGAUGUCGGCCAUUGUCCCAGAUGGAAUUGUGUCUUUCUUUACUAGUUACCAUUACAUGGAGAAUAUCGUUGCCUCCUGGUAUGAACAGGGAAUUCUCGAAAAUAUUCAACGUAACAAACUUAUAUUUAUUGAAACUCAGGAUGCUGCAGAGACCAGUGUGGCCCUGGAGAAAUACCAGGAGGCAUGUGAGAAUGGACGAGGCGCCAUCCUACUGUCUGUCGCUAGAGGAAAGGUCUCCGAGGGGAUAGAUUUUGUCCAUCAUUACGGGAGAGCUGUGAUUAUGUUUGGUGUUCCUUAUGUCUACACUCAGAGCAGGAUUCUAAAGGCACGUUUAGAAUACAUCCGGGAUCAGUUCCAAAUCCGAGAGAAUGAUUUCCUGACUUUUGAUGCCAUGAGGCAUGCUGCUCAAUGUGUAGGAAGAGUCAUUCGUGGAAAAACUGAUUACGGGCUCAUGAUUUUUGCAGACAAGCGCUUUGCUCGAGCUGAUAAACGGGGGAAGCUGCCUCGCUGGAUUCAGGAACACAUCACAGACAGUAACCUCAAUCUCACCGUGGAUGAAGCAGUGCAAAUAGCCAAGCACUUCCUGCGACAGAUGGCACAGCCUUUCCAACAGGAAGAUCAGUUGGGAUUGUCACUGCUCUCACUAGAUCAGCUCGAAUCCGAGGAGAUACUAAGCAGAAUCCAGCAGAUUUCUCACCAAGUGUGAAGGGAGGAUGGGCAGCACCUGUUUGAAUACCAACACAGAGCCUUCCACUCCAGUAUUUGCAUCAGUUUGAUCUCCUACCUUCUGCAAGAAACAGGAUUUGAAUGGUAGCUCGAUGCUAUUAGUAGUGGGAGCGGAAAGGAAGGGUCAAUCUGUGACCUCCGUGGGUACUGACCAAUGGGAGAUCUUCCCGUGUCCAAGUAUUGAUUGUAAAAUAUUAGCAACUGACCUCACAGUUGAUAAACAAGAUUUUGUACUAAUCAUU